AAAAUAAAGCUGGCUGUCCCGCAGCAGCAUGGGUCACUCUCACAGCCUCUCUGCCGCGGAGCACGACUAAACGGCUGCUUUUAAGCCUCACAGAGCCGAGAGGUUUUCUUUAGAGCAAGACUGGAGCCGUAUUACAAUGCAAACUAGCUGAAAGUAGUUGCUCAUUUUCGCGUUUAUUUGCUUAGUAACGCUGGCGUCAAUGCGGGAGCUGGGCUGUGCACAUCCGGGGCAGCAGCAGCAGCAUGCCGUGUGUUCUUCUUCGUUCACUUUCUAACGUUAAAGAACAGCCUGAGGAGCAGGAGUCCGCUUUCUGAAGGACACGGCUACAGCUCCGUCUCUCUAGACAGCUCAGAAGAUAAAGAGGCGGACGGCAAGCUGGAAGAGAAAGGGGAAUGUCUAAUCAAGGAGCCAGGAGAAACGAGCCAGUGAAACUGCGCCUGACAGUUCUCUGUGCGAAGAACUUAUCAAAGAAGGACUUCUUCAGACUGCCAGAUCCCUUCGCUAAAGUGGUGGUAGACGGGUCAGGCCAGUGCCACUCAACAGACACGGUCAGGAACACACUGGACCCAAAGUGGAACCAGCACUAUGACCUAUAUAUUAGUAAAUUGGACUCGAUCACCAUCAGUGUUUGGAACCAUAAGAAGAUCCAUAAGAAGCAGGGGGCGGGGUUUUUAGGCUGCGUCCGACUGCUCUCGAAUGUCAUCAACCGCCUCAAAGACACUGGCUAUCAGAAACUGGACCUGAACAAACUGGGGCCCAAUGACAAUGACACCAUCCGAGGCCAGAUAGUGGUGAGUCUGCAGUCCAGAGAUAGAAUUGGAUCAGGAGGCCCGUUGGUGGACUGCAGCCGCCUGUUCGACAACGAAUUACCAGACGGCUGGGAGGAGAGGAGAACCGCUACAGGCCGGAUUCAGUAUCUCAAUCACAUCACACGGACUACACAGUGGGAGAGACCAACCAGGCCAGCCUCUGAGUACUCCAGCCCUGUCCGACCUCUCAGCUGUGUGUUAGAUGAGAACACACCCGUCCUGACCCCUAAUGUAGCCACCAGCAUCCAGCCCAGUGACCCUCGAGUGCAGGAGAGACGCGUUCGAUCACAGAGACAUAGAAACUACAUGAGCCGAACACACCUACACACACCUCCAGACCUGCCCGAAGGAUAUGAGCAAAGAACCACGCAGCAGGGCCAGGUUUAUUUCCUCCAUACACAGACUGGCGUCAGCACGUGGCAUGACCCGCGAGUGCCCAGGGAUCUCAGUAAUGUUAACUGUGAGGAGCUUGGGCCCCUCCCUCCCGGAUGGGAGAUCCGUAACACAGCAACUGGCCGGAUCUACUUUGUGGAUCACAACAACCGAACCACACAGUUCACUGACCCACGUCUCUCUGCCAACCUGCACCGAGUGCUUAACCCCAGUCCAAAUGGAUCUCGUGCUGGUGUGGAAGGCUCAAAUCUCAGUCGUCACUCCCAGAUAAAGGACCAGUCUGCUUUGUGUAAUGUCCCAGAGGAGGCUGAGUGUCUGACCGUGCCGAAAUAUAAGCGGGACCUGGUGCACAAGCUGAAGGUUCUGAGGCAGGAGCUGUCCCAGGCACAGCCGCAGGCUGGCCACUGCCGCAUCGAGGUCUGUAGAGAGGAGAUCUUUGAGGAGUCGUAUCGGCAGGUGAUGAAAAUGAGGCAGAAGGACCUGUGGAAAAGACUGAUGGUGAAGUUUAGAGGAGAGGAGGGGCUGGACUAUGGGGGUGUGGCCAGAGAAUGGCUGUAUUUGUUAUCCCAUGAGAUGUUGAACCCGUAUUAUGGCCUGUUUCAAUACUCACGCGACGAUAUCUACACCCUUCAGAUCAACCCAGAUUCUGCCGUCAACCCGGAACACCUUUCGUAUUUCCACUUUGUGGGCCGGAUCAUGGGCAUGGCCGUGUUCCAUGGUCACUACAUAGACGGGGGCUUCACUCUGCCAUUCUAUAAGCAGCUGCUAGGGAAACCCAUCACCCUGGAAGAUAUGGAGUCUGUGGACCCAGAUCUUCACAACAGCCUCGUCUGGAUACUGGAAAAUGACAUCACAGGGGUGCUCGACCACACAUUCUGCGUUGAGCACAGUGCUUACGGUCAGAUCAUUCAGCAGGAGCUCAAACCCAACGGCAAGAGCAUCCCUGUCACCGAGGAGACCAAGAAGGAAUACGUCAGGCUGUAUGUAAACUGGCGUUUCCUGCAUGGGAUCGAGGCUCAGUUCCUGGCUCUGCAGAAAGGCUUCAACGAGGUCAUUCCACAGCACCUGCUCAAAGCCUUUGACGAGAAGGAACUAGAGCUGAUUGUGUGUGGUCUGGGGAAGAUUGAUAUUCAUGACUGGAGGGCGAACACACGGCUGAAGCACUGCACGGCCGACAGUAAUGUGGUGAAGUGGUUCUGGAAGGCGGUGGAGUCGUUUGAUGAGGAGAGGAGAGCGAGACUGCUGCAGUUCGUCACCGGCUCCUCCAGAGUUCCUCUGCAGGGCUUCAAAGCCUUACAGGGUGCAGCAGGACCCAGGCAGUUCACCAUCCAUCAGAUCGAUGCCAGCACCAACAACCUGCCUAAAGCACACACGUGUUUCAAUCGCAUAGACAUUCCUCCCUAUGAGAGCUACGAGAAACUGUACGACAAGCUGCUGACGGCCAUUGAGGAAACCUGCGGCUUUGCUGUGGAAUGACCGGCGGCAUUGAGGAGAAGGAGAGGCCUUGGUGACCGGCACACAUGCACAGACUGGAUUCUGAGUUGUCCAGUGGUAGAAUGAUGUCACUGCAGAGGCUUGAGUUUGCAAAUACAGCAAGAAGAAAGAGCAUAAAACCACCAUUCAGAAAGACUCUAAGACUAUUUUUGCUUUGGUUUGUUGUUUUGUUUUGUUUUUUUUCUGCCCGUACAUUUUUUUUUUUUUUUCAUCGUCUCUCAGCUGCUAUAAAACGAUUUCGAAGAAGUCCUCUUAAAUCUUGAAGUUUUCCUUUUUACUGAGAUUCAGUCAAAGCUUCCAGAUGCGCUGUGAGUCCCCAUCUGUGGGCAUCCAUCUACAGUUGUGUGCAAAAGUUUGAACACACCAAGUCACAGUACUCGUUUUAUAGACUGAAAACAAGUUAACACAUCCUCUGCUGGAGGACACUUAAAUGUGGUGCUUUUCUGCACAUUUUAGUGCCUUUCUGUUUAACAUAUUGGAAAAAAAUGAAACAUAAAAUAUAAAUUGUGCCAUAACUUUUGCAUUUUAUGUUAUAUUAUCUUCCUAAUAUGUUAAGUUUUAAUAAAUAAACAGUAAUUGUGCAUUAAAAUGUGUAGAAGUAUGUUUAUUUAUUUUCACUUUAAGAAUCAACAAAACGAGUGUAAUUUGACUGGGGGUGCAUACGACUGUGAUAUGCAAAUGCGAAGGCCGCUGUAGUAGCCGAGCCCGAAUAACAGGUUAGAGCUGCGAGCUGAACGGCUGGUCAGACUGCAGCACUGGUCUGUUUUGUGCUUUAACCCACCAGCUACUCGAUAAACCCUCUAUGACUCCAGUCUGACCAUUGAGAGCAGGUAAAACUAUGAAGCGCUGUGGCCAUCCACAGCCACGUAUGGACCUAUGCAGGACGUGGACGUGCAGGUUGUACGAAGGAAGUAGAAGUGUUUUGUCUGCGUGUUUAGCUGCACUCAGGACGUGAGGGCGACCUUCAAUACCCUGCAGUAAUUUAAAGGAAUCUUCCAGCUUUUUUCAACUGAAUCCUUUUCUACUGAUUCUGUAUCAAACCAACAUUUACCACAGACGAUUUCCCUUUGCCUUCACGUUUCUCUGAACUGUAAAAAGAACAGAAAACCUGUUCAAUCAAAACUCCCGUACAGUGGAAGCCUGUGGGCAGCUGCUGAACUCCGUACACGACUGAAUCUCAUUAUUCAAACUCACAGCUGUUACAUUCUAACAUUACACUUAUCUUAUGAGGUAACAUUACUACAAAUUCUUCCCUCAAACCAGUACCAUCUCUGAAAGGUCACCUACUAUGCCAAAAGUCUUAGCACCCCUAUCAAAUGGCCUGUUUGUUUUAAUGCACACUCACUGUCUGUGCUGAAUUUAACACAUUGGUGGGAAAAAAAUUAACAUAAGUUGUUUUCCCUGUGGAAAAUUAUGGCACAUUUAAGAUAAAUACGACUUUUUUUUUUUGCCAAUGUUACACUCGGCAAGAAAAUAAAAACCGUGCACUCAAACUUCCAGAAAAGUGUCAUUUAAGCAUGUUUCAAGAAAUGAAACGGUACUUUUUUUUUACUUAGAAAAUCAACAAAACAUGGAAAACCUAAUUUGAUCUGGGGUGUUCAAACAUCCAUCCUUUGCAUAUGGCUAAAAAAUAGACAGAUUUAGUGAUUCACAAAAGUGUCUUAAGAAAGAAAAUCUUCUUAAAUUAGUUUUUUCGUAACUUCAUUCUUAAGAAAAAAGUUCCGGAAAAAUGUUAUUCUUCACAUAACUUCUUAAGAAUUUGUUUUCUUUCCAUAACCGUUUCCCUAAGAAUAAUUCUAAAACCAAGUGGUAUUUUGGGAAGUUUUAUGUUCUUAAAUGUUUUCUUAACCUUAUGACAGCCUCAAAGUCAUCUCAGGCUGUAAGAGUUGACAAGCUCAGCAUCUAAAUUUAUCAGUUUAUCUACUCCCGUUCAUCCUCGUUUCUUGCUUUCUGCCAUCACUGCACAAUUAUUGGAUUUUCCAAAGAGGAUUUUUUUCCCUGUUGGCUGUUUCCUCCACCAUCCCCUCUAGUUCAUGUUUGCUAAAAUUGUUUAAACGCUUGGUUUGAUGUGUUUCUCCGUUUUGCUCCUCUGAGUGGAUUAAGCGAAUAAUGAAAAUAGCUGUUAAUACAGAUUCAAAGUGCUUCUCAUGGCAUUUAUGGUACAUGGUAAAAUGCAACAGCGUACAUAAGAAAACACACAUGCGUUUUCUAAACCGCUUAUCCUUCUGGGUACACAAGAAAACAAUGAAGAUUUUCUUACGAAAAUAUUUAAGAGAAUUUUUGAGAACUUCCGUUUUUUUUUAUGCAUGUUUUACUGAAGGACUUCAACAACAGCCCAUUUGAUUUCCAUUAAUCAGAACUGCAUCGUCCUUCUAUGUUGGAAAUGUAUAAGAACAAAUUCCUCCCUCUGGAAAAGCAGCCCCAUCUCCAAAUGAACACAUAUACACAAAUUUACAGCAUACAAAUAUCUCUGACUGAAGAAAUUCAGAAGUGUUUAACUGCAGCACAUAUUCUCAACUAAAUUCUGCCUUUUGUUUCUAAUAUAUUUAGAGAAAACCUGUUUUUUUUUUGUUUUUUUUUGCCCCCUAAGUACAGAGGAAGGUGAAAUUCUUGUGUGUAGAGAUCGACUGUUUGAUACGGCUGAUGGAAAUUAGAGUGAAAAGUGCUGAAAUAUUCCUUUAACUUUACUCCUUGCUUGCUAUGACAUUUUGAGUUCUCUUAAAAAAGACACUGAGGUGAACAGAAUCCUGAUCUCGGAUCAGUUCCUCAUUGUUUUUGUCACGUUUAUCAGGAAACCGAAUGUAAAAGCUGACUGUGAAUCAGCUCUGAGGAUCUCGUGCGUGAUUGCGGGUUUUUGGCUCGAGAGCACUUUAGAAGCAUCGAUGCGAGAGAAGAUUUGGGAUGAAUAGUUGGUAUCGUGCUUAAAGGAAUAGUUCAGCACAAAAUCUAAUCCAAGUUUUCCCACUUACCCCAACGUGGUCGAUAAGCCGAGACAAGCUUGGUGUACAAAUUGUGCUUCUCGCAUCUAAAACUGGAACUAGGAGGUUAAUGUUACUAACAAACAAUAGAAAUCAAUAGUCACCCAAAUUCUCUCAACAUGCAUCAAGACCAUGCAGACCCGUCAAUGUGAUGUAGAGCACAGAACUAAAAAUAAUAAAUAAAGCGUUUAGCUACGUGCCAAGGCUCUGUUCAUUUUUAUAGGUUACAGUAAGUCUAAUGUGCUUUAAACGAAAUCAACAAAUCCGCAAAGACCUUAAUGAAGGAAACCAAGGAUGUGGUUUGAGCAAGUUAAGAGAAGUUUUGAGGAUGUAUUUGGGUGACUAUUGGCUUCUAGUGUUAGCAACUUUAGCCUUGUAGCUCCUCAAAACUAAAGAAGCAAAAUUUGGACACCAAACGUGUCUUGGCUGAUGAGCUACACCUAAAGUGGAAAAUUGGAUACAUUUGGUUUUUCGCUGAACCUCUAAUCUUUCACAGGGCUUUUCAUCUGAAGAAAUGUGUCCAUGUGUUCUUUGUAUAUUGCUUCAUUGUUUCAGGAUUUAAUCUCAGGUCAUGUAGGAUUUAUUUCCCACUUUUUUUAUGUAUGACUGAUCAAACAGAUUUUAGCUGCAUGUUCACAAUUUUCUUUGUAUUUUAAAGGCUUGGUUGAAGGAGGGAAUGAGGGAAUGAGGGGAGGGGGGUGGUAGGCCCAGGAAACCAGAGUCCUGAGCCUGACUUCUGUAAUAAGAUCAUGCUAACUGGGUCCCACCAGCAUCGGUAGUAUGUUGGCAUGUGCAUUAUGCGUUGAUCAUGGAUUCUCCCAACGGUUUUGUUUCUGAAAUUUGAAAGAAGUCUUUGUCGUUUUUGUGUAUGAAAUAGUUUCUUCCAAGCAAUGACUGCCCCGGUUUUGUUUAGUCCGUAUGUACUCUUUUAAUAAGUAGAGUAUACUCCUAAUGGUGCUUUGUAAAGUUUAAAACUAUUUUUCGUAUGAUGAUAAGAGCUUUAAAGGGUGAUGCAGAAACGAAUCCUUCCACAACUGGCUUCCAUUAGUUCGGAGUUUAGACAGUAGCAUUAAACUCACGGAGUUCACACUGUUGUCUCUGACAGUUAACUUUGUCUAGUGUCCUCACACAAGAUCAUGUAUAAUGUAUAAUCCAUAUCAGUCAUUUUCCAGCAUGUUCCACUAUAAUCUUACUGACGAUGUAUAAAAAGGUAUGUGAGUGGCUUUGUGUGCUUCAGUAUGUACAGAAUGAGUGUGCACAUUUUGGUCUUGUGUAAAUAAGCUUGUUGAACACGCUCAGUUUAACUGUUUUCAGAUUUUCGUUGGAAAUUUGUAUUUAUUGCUAUGGCUGUUCUGUGAGCUUGUACAUAAAACAACACAUCUGCAGGGGAAGUGUUGCAUCUGUACGCCUUCAAACACGAGCAAUAAACUCCGAGCUGUUUGCAAUCAGCAGCUUUCUGCUUUAACAGCAAAUGA